AUGAAAUCAAGCUGUAUUAAUGAAGGAUGUGUGGAUGUCCAAACAACAGUAAGCUUUGUAAAGUUGUACCAAUGGCCGGAAUCGGACAAAGAGUUCCUGAGGAGGUUAAGUUUGAAUAAAGAGAGAGAUGAAGAUCAGACUUCAUCAUCAUCAACAUAUUUACUGAUGGAUGAUGAUGAUGAUGAUCAUAAAACUAGGGUUUCAAGAGUACUAGGAGCGCCUGCAAUGUCCUCCUACUGCCAUGAGAGCUUCUCGAGCAGACAAAAAUUCCUUCGAAGCUACAAUUUUUCCCGGAAAGAGAGUUUUUCCCAGAAAACGAAGAAAUACUUGGUUCGGAUGAUGAAGCCCAAGCGCUCCAACAACAACAGGUCUGCUAGUGGUGGCUCUAAUGGUGGUUGCUGCUUUGUUGAUACGUGUUUGAGGUAUUUGUUGGUGUGUGUGGUCAAAGUAGAUGUUCAUGAUCCAUAG